AUGGAAAUCUUGGAUAGCUACGAAAUAUCUGAUUUAAAUAUAUUUUUCUUGGUAGUUUCUUUUUUCAGUGAAAGAGCUUUAUUCAAAGCAAUUAAUAAAGGUGUACAUAAGCCUUUAAUAAACAACUUGCCAAGAUCGAAUUUAAGGACCAAAGCAAUAACUAUUAAAAGGGAUUUAUCUGUGGUUGAGACUGGUGUUGGUGGUGGUGGUGCUGUUGGUGGGGGUGGUAUUGGUGGUGGUGUUGAUAGUACUGGUGGUGGUGCUGGUAAUGUUGGUGAUACUGGUGUUGGUGUUGGUGGUAUUGGUGGUGGUGCUGGUGGUCGUGAUAUUAAAACUCCCUACACCUUAGGAAAAUAUUCAACUGAUGGUGGUGGUAGUAGUGGUGUUAUUGGUGUUGAUGGUGAUGGUGGUGGUAUUGGUGUUGGUCAUGAUAUUAGAACUCCCUACACCUUAGGAAAAUAUUCAAUUGUUGGUGUUGGUACCUCUAAGGUGAACUCUUAA